GCCAGCAUAAAACAGUCAGACGAGAGACAGAGAGAAAGCAAAGGAGGGUUAGGGGGGAAGCACCGAGCUUACUUACUCAGCGCAUUUUCAAACAACAAGAGGGGGAUCCAGAAAGUCACUACCCCAAGAAAAUCAUCUUGACUUACAGUGCUGGUUUUACUUCAGAAAAGAAUGGUGCUAUUCUUUACCCAGAGUAUUAUGUGAACAUGUUUUGCAUUUCCAUAAAGAGGCAGUGUUGUGGGGAAUUUUUGCUCAGAAAGUUUUGAUAAGUGGGAUAACUACAGGCUGCAAUGAAACACGCAAUAUAAAAAGAGGAAAAAAAAAUCUUUAGAGUUUUCUUCAUCAUAUUUCUGAGAAGAACAGUUGCUUUCUGAGAAAAACCAGGAUUAACUCUUUGCAUUCAGCUGCUCACACAACUUCUUAAUUAUGGCCAGUGCAAAGUGUGCCUGUUUUACCUUGAUGGCUUCUCUGCUGAGCCAGCUGACUCCCCUAGAUGGAGGAUGCACUGGUAAAUGUUGCAAAGGCAGGGAUUUCACCUGCACCAGCACUGACUGGAGAAUGGACAGGGUUUAUGGGAUUUGUUUCUGUGACGAGACUUGCCGGCAAACAGGUGACUGCUGCUUUGAUUAUCCUCAGACGUGCCCAGUUUUAAUUUGUACAGCAUGUAGAGCUCAUGGAUUCUUUUGCUUGUUUUUCCGCAACAGGUACUGUGUGCAAUAUAAGAUAGAGACACUGUCUGAUCAUUGCACUCAUGAAAGCCGCCCCUUUGCACGAUGGAUGCAGUAUCUGCGUGAGGGCUUUACAGUGUGCGUUUUCUGCCAGCCUCCUGCAUUGAACAUGGACUACCAAGCUUGUCAAGGAGAUGGUGCCAAUUUUGAUGGGAAUGAAACCCUGCAAUGGCAAGCAGUUGGCAAUACCAAAUGUCGUGGAACAUGGAGGAAGGUCAGAAGAGUGGAACAGUGCUCAUGUCCAGUCGUGCACAGCUUUCUUUUUACUUGAAUACAUCCAAUACAUUACUUGUUAAGUGCCUAAUGUUGCAUAUAAAUAAAUGCACUGUAUAUUUUUUCCCAGCUAAUAUAAAUAUGAUCCUGUAAGCUACAAACAUUUAAAAAAAUGUGCACUUACUAAUCGUAAGCAAGCCGUGGAAGCUGAACAGAUGGUUGGCACACCUUUUGUAUCAGGUGCCAUGUGUUACACUAAACUUUAUUAUCCCAUAAAGGGAAAUUCAGUUAGCCAUGUGUGGUAGAAGAUAAUUAAAAAAUCUAGUAUUGGACAAGAAAAAAAAAUAUAUACAUUAAGUCACAGGGAAAAAAAAAAGAUUAUCGUAGAUAACAUUUGAAAAACUGCUCCACUCAUUUGUUGAAGUUAAUCUGUUGUUGAACAGCCUCAUUUCUAAAAGGUACAAAUUCUAAUAUUGUUAUUUUUAAUGUACAUGAUGGGAUCUUAUUUUUCAAAAAUCUAAAACAUUUUACUGUACUGAUGACAAGUAGAAUCUUUGGGGAUUUAAUAAUGCUUUAAUUAUCUGCUUAUAGCUGUUAACCUCAACUGUUCCACACACAUUUUAUCAGCCCCAUUGUCAUGUUUAAAAGGCAGAAAACGACGGCAGUUUCCUAAAACACAGAUAUAGAACAUUUGUAAAUGGAACAGUUAUUCAUUUCAGAAAAAUGUGAUUUUGUUGAUAUGGAAUAACUGUAGUCAUGGAAUGAUUUGGUAAUGGAUCAUUAACCAGGAUUCACCAGUAUUUUAGGAUGCAACUUGCUCGAUUAAUACUUAAUUUUGGGGUUACUUACUUUUUCUUUCUACUUCAGCUUCCUCACUUCAAUUAUGUUGUUAGUGUAUAAUUUUAACAAGAUCUGAAGAUUUAUUGUUAAA